AUGGCUGGCUUCCUGGUUCCUGACCACUAUGUCGUGGUAGAGCCUCCCCUUACCGACCUGUUGGUCGCCAGCAUCAUUUGGGGGUUCACUCUGGCAGUGGGGAUCUUUUCUGGCCACAAAGCGAUAAAACAGACUUGGGCGCAAUGGAAACGAUCAGGUCGCGCAAAGCCAUAUAUCUUCAUGGUUUGGUCAGAAUGGAUUGCCUCUACAGUAAUCGGGUGCUUGGCUUGGUUGUUUCUAUGCGGAUACAUUGCGCCGAGCUUUUGGAUUUACUUUGCGUUUCUUUGCCUCUGGGUUGUGCAGAUUCAAUGCAUCUGCGGCAUCAUCAUCAACCGAAUCUCCCUCCUCAUGGUCGACCGAAGAAAUGCAACCAAGAUUCGUUGGGGCACAGCCAUUGUUCUGGGCCUCAUCAACAUUAGCGUCUUUGUCAUUUGGAUACCCGCGCAACUGCAAAUAUCUCAAAGAUGGAUUGACAUCAACCAUAUCUGGGAUCGCAUAGAGAAAGGCUUAUUCUUGCUGAUUGAUGCGGCGCUUCACGUCUACUUCAUCUAUCUCAUCCGAGUCAAAUUGGUUGCGAACGGCCUCGAAAAAUACAUUCCUUUGUUGCGAUUUAAUAUCGCCAUGGUCUUCGUCUCUAUGAGUCUUGAUAUCAUCCUUAUUGGCACCAUGUCCAUCGGCAAUGGUUUCAUCUAUGUUCAAUUCCAUCCUCUCAUAUACAUGCUUAAGCUGCAUAUCGAAAUGAACAUCUCUUCCUUGAUCGUGCGGGUUGUGAUGGCAACCGGCGACAAGAGCUCGUACAGGAACGAGUACCAGCAGGGCACUGAGCUACAGUCCAAGUCCAAGGGCGGCAACACAAAUGGAGUUGGAGCUGGAGCUUCCAACCGAACUGGAGGAGGCGGUAUGGAAUCCUUGUUCUCGUCUACAGGGAGAAACGAAGUGCACAUCGAUGCUGAUGGACAGGCUACGGGCAAGAAGAACGCUCCCCGGGGUAUCACAAGGGUUAUACAAACGCAGGUCACUGUUGCAUCGAGACAUGACCAGGAUGAUGCAAGCUCGGAGUCAUCCAUGCGGCAACUGAAGGGUAGUACCCAGCAUUACCACGACACCCUUUCUUAA